AAACAGUAAACUUGGUCCGUUAUUGUAACACAGUAUAGCGGUUUAAUGUUGCAUGCAAAACUAUCCCUAUAGUAACGAUUUUUAAAUUUACACCAGUUGCGAACUCUGUCCUGUCUCAUUAGUAAGUGCGAAGAACCUAAAAUAUUUGUCACUUAGAUCUAUUUUUUUCAUAUAGUUUUCAAAGUGUGACUUACAACUAAUAUUUUGGAAAGUGACAGUGUGUGGAAUUUUAGAUUGUAGUGUUAAAUGAAAUUAACACUGUUUUGUAAAAUAAAAUGCGCAUGUAGACGAAUACAUGAUAGUAAUAGCUUUUAUAUUGGACUUGUAGCAGAAAGCAAUGCCGAAGUCAUUCCUUGCUGGAAGAAAAUAUGGAAAAGACAGCCGGUACUCUGAAAUACGGCGAAAUAAAAACUCGACGGAGGAGAAAGAUACGGUCGCGGUAAGGAAUUGUUAUCAAAUCCCUUCAAAAGAGACAGGUUCCAUUGAUACGUACGACGAAGUUGAUGGAGAAAUUGAUAAUACACAAACACAGAGGAAAUUUUAUCUUCCAUUGAUAAAGAACAAGGAAAUACAAAUAAAUAACAUAAACGAAACAAAAGAACUAGACAAAAAAGUACGAUUGUUCGACACACAAAUGAAGGCUGAUUUAAAAGCUGACGAUGAGAAUGAGCCAGAAACGAUAUCAUCAAAGCAUGUAGCUAAAAUAAUAAAUUUCAAUCCAAUUGCAACUUCAGCGUCCAAAACAGAAAUAAUGAAUCAUACUCGAGGUUCAUUAUUUUAUUCACCAGCUCCACUGUCGUUGUCACCUAUUUCGUCAUUCCCUUUUCGUCAAAAUGAACUCGCAUCUCCAGAUUCCCCAUUGUCUAGCUUAUCAAAUUGGUCACCAAGGUUACCAAAUACAUGUCCAACAUUUUCUUCUGUGAAUGCCAUCUGUACAAAGGAUUCAAUAAGCUCCGGGAGAAUGUUUUAUUCUAAAGUUCCAGACAGCAAUAAUAACGUGGUAACAAACGAAAACAAAUCAGAAACUGUGUCUUGUGAUAAUUCGGCGCUAUCAUCGAGUAGAACAGACAAGUCUGAAAGGAAUUCUAAGCUGACGUCAAUUAGACCGAUGGCUGACGGAAACAACAAUGCUCGAGAAACAACAGCACAGAGAAACUUUGAUUCUGAGCAAACGUCAAGAGCAAUGACAAUGCCACUGUUACCAUUUCAACAAUACAGAACUUUGACACAGACACAACAAGAGCUUUCAAAGCAAACUAUAUAUCCUCAUAUCUGGAGACCCAUUCCUCAAAUGGCCGCAACGAGUCAACAUGUCAUAACUUCAUUUUUAGGUCAAAAGAAACCCACGGACGAUAGAAUCAACAAACAAGUCUCAAAUCCCAUGGAAACUAAUUCAGCGCCUACUUUACCUUUGCUAAAGACCACAGAAUCUAUUUCAAUACUUCAGUCGCCCAUCGUUGAGGGAGUUGAGCUUGUGAAUGGUGGUUAUGGGAUUAAAAAUCCUUUACUAACUCAGACCAGGCCUGCUUCGCUCGCUAUUCAGACUGAAGAAGGUCGAUUCGUUUGCAAAAUUUGUCAGAAAUCCUUCCAGUUGCAGCGUCUGCUGAAUCGUCAUUUAAAAUGUCACAGUGAUGUGAAGCGGUAUCUAUGUACAUUCUGUGGCAAAGGUUUCAACGACACUUUUGAUCUCAAAAGACACACAAGAACACAUACAGGUGUUCGUCCAUACAAAUGUGAUAGUUGUGGUAAAUCAUUUACCCAGAGGUGUUCUCUCGAGUCGCAUUGUAAAAAGGUCCAUGGAUCAGAGUACAUGUUUGAAUAUAAGGAGAGACGCACAAAACUGUAUGUAUGUGAAGACUGCGGACAUACAACCACCGAGCCAGGGCAACAUUUUAUACACUUAAAACGGAACCAUCCAAAGAGCCCUGUCUUACUGAGAUUCUAUGAUAAACGACAGUUCAAAUUUAGCGACUCGGAGAAAGAAAAACCGGAGCAAUCUGUAUGCUGACCGAGAUAAUGCUUUAGACCAUAAUGUUUUAUAAGAAGUUGAAAGUUACGCCAACAACCGUACACAAUACUGCCUUUCAAAGUGGACCACUCUACAAUAUGCAGGAAGAAUGACAUAAAAAUAGUUCUUCUAAGAGAGGAAAAUAGACCGUAUCUUUAACUGUGAAAAUGUAGUGCAUGCCUUAUCAUGACAAGUACCUGAUCCUAAACUAACUCGAUGCCAAACAAGACUUUUUAAUAAAACGUGUCUUCUAUACGUGUUAUGUUAUAUUGCAAACAUGUUUUACUGUCUUGAGAAAGUUUAAAACUACUAAUUCGAAUAAAAUAGACAGAAAAUA